UCAAAUCCUUUCUAAAAUUACCAAAAAUCAAUUUCUUUCUCUAUCUUUCUGCAUCCCGCAUUUUCCCUAAAUUCCCAUCUAGAUUCUUCCCCUUCCACCAUCAACACUCGCCAUGAAGAAGUCCGGCAUCUUCGCCGCCUCUGUCGCUGCCGCCUCCGCCACCGCUGCCUCCCUGUCCUCCUCCACCCAUCAGGAUGAUAGAAGAACUAGCGAGAACGCUUCCUCGCAGAAUUCAUCUUCUUCUUCGACGGAGAAAUUUGCACCCAGAUUUGAUGGCUUGCGUUUCAUUGAAACCCUCGUAACUGCCCACAGAUGAGAAUAUAGGUUCUCGAUUUCUCCUUCAAUUGGGCCUCGAUGCUUCUUCAUCGUUCGUCAUAUUUGAGAAAAAAAUUAUCUUUUUUUUCCUCUUUUAGGAGCAUUAGAGAGAAAUUUUUUGUAAUGUUACGGCAACUAUUUUACCUUUUUCAGGGAAUUAAAAAGGUAAAACUUUUAGGUUUUUGUUUAUUCCCAAUUUUAACAUUAAUUAUGUAAUGGCCCUCGUAAGCCAAAUAGAAAGUCAAAUUUGUGAAUGACCCGUGAUUGUACUGAAUAAUAAAUAAUGUUAUUUGUAUUAUGGGUUUCCUCCA